AUGAAGUUGUCGAGCAGCCUCUUGGCUGUGACGGCAUACGGAUCGUUGAACCAGCUGCAGAAUCGCGAGAAUGAUACACCGACGAUAGCGGAUAAUGACCGAUUCAAUUGCAUGCCGGAUCAUGGUUCGGAUCAGCAAAAAUGCGAGGCCAGAGGAUGUCUUUGGGAACCGUCUUCAAUCGAAGGAGCACCCUGGUGCGUGUUUCCGCAGGAUUAUGCUCACUACAAGUUGGAUUCUGUAACAGAUGGUUUUACGGAAUGGGGAUCAAAGCAAGUCCAAACCAGAGAAUACUCCCUUUCUCUUGAAUCAUCCGCGACGAAAGACAGCUACCCAAACCAGCAACAGAAACUCAAAAUGGUAAUCUACGAUGUAGAUCGCACUACAGUCCGAGUUCGCAUCACCAACGAAGCUGAUGAUCGAUUCAAAGUUCCCGUCCCUAUCGCCGAGCCACUCAACCCAGGAACUGACAUGGACAAGGACAACGAACAACCAGGGUUGGAUUACAUCGUUGAAACCGCUCAGCCGGGAAGCAGAUUCUGGGUGAAGAUCACUCGACGAUCCACGGGCGAGGUUCUCUUUGAUACCUCCGUAGCGCCUCUCCUCUUUUACGAUCAAUUCCUCGAGCUCUCCGUGAAACGCCCUUCGACCUACACUUAUGGCUUCGGCGAGACCGAACAAGGCGCCUUGAAGUUCCAGGACAACUGGCAUGCCCAAGGAAUGUGGGCGCGAGACAACGGCGUUGGAACUGGCGACAAUCUCUACGGCGUCCAGCCUUAUCACAUGACCUUCGAGGACGAUGGAAAUGCAUCCGGCCUCCUGUUUUUUAACGCCAACGCUAUGGAAGUCAUUUCAACUCCCAAGCCGGCGAUCACGUACAGAACUAUCGGUGGCGAGCUUGAUUUCAUGCUCUUUACUGGUCCAGGACCUGAAGCCGUCACUCAGCAAUACACUCACUACCUCGGAAGAAGCUAUCUUUUCCCCUACUGGUCGCUCGGUUUCCAGCUCUGCCGAUACGGUUAUCAAAACACCUCGGAAAUCAUCACCGUCGUCGAAGAAAAUCGCGAUGCGGGAAUUCCCUACGAUACGCAAUAUGCCGAUAUUGAUUACAUGGAACGACAGUUGGACUUCACCCUGAGCGAGGAGCACUUUUCUGGGCUUCCUGACUACAUUGACUACAUCAAAAAGGAGUACAACAUGCGAUUCAUUCUCAUUUUCGACCCAGCGAUUUCGGCAGGAGAACACGAUCCAAACCAAAAUCAGGCGGAAUCGUGGCGCGAUAAAGAUGGAGUCAUCUACCCGACUUAUCAGAAAGGUCUUGACAAGGAUGUUUACAUUAGAGGAACAGACGGAGAGAUCGAAAUGGGCAAGGUCUGGCCCUACUGGCCCGGCAUCUACCUUGAAGAUCUCGUUCAAGAUGGAAAUGGCUGGGACGAAAACGUUGCCAAAUUUCAUUCAAACGUUGCUUUCCCUGACUUCUUCGCGCCACAAACUGCCGAAUGGUGGGAUGAAGAGAUCCAAGUCUUCACAAAGAAUUUCUUCAAGAACGGAACUGGACUUUCCUACGAUGGCAUCUGGAUUGAUAUGAAUGAGCCAGCGAGUUUUACUGCUGGUCGACCAGAGCUCAACGGCGGCACUCAGGGACUUGAUGGCUGCCCAAAUAACAAUCUCAACCGACCGCCCUACAUUCCAACUUCCUUGCGAGAGGGACGCGAUCCGGAAAAUGUCAGUCUUUUCGAAAAGACAAUUUGCAUGGAUGGUCAACAAUACAACCCGUUGACUGGUGAGAUGGAAAAUCACUACGACAUGCAUAGCCUUUACGGAUACUCCGAAGGUCAGCCUACUCUUGAUUCUUGUGAGAAAACCCUUGGAAAACGAUGUUUGAUCGUUUCUCGAUCCACCUAUCCCGGCUCACAGAAAACCAUCGGCCAUUGGCAUGGGGAUAACUCUUCGAUCUGGCGCCAUGUGAAGCAGAGUAUGGUUGCUUCGAUGCACUUUUCUUUAUUCGGAUUCAGCUACACUGGCCCAGAUACUUGUGGGUUCUUCUCAGAAGCUGAACGAGAAAUGUGCGCUCGAUGGAUGGAGCUUGGAGCUUUCUUCCCUUAUUCGAGAAAUCACAAUGGCUUGACUAACAGACGACAGGAUCCUGCUUCAUGGGAUGAAGACUUCGUCGAGCUUUCAAAGUCUGCUCUCACAAAACGAUACCGAAUGCUUCCAUAUUUGUACACCCUUCUCUACCGAGCUCACAAGCACGGUGAUACUGUUGUUCGCCCGCUCAUGAACAAUUUCCCAAGUGACAAAACAACCUGGGACAUCGACGAACAAAUGCAGUGGGGAUCCGGCGUUAUGUUCUCGCCCGUCCUUGAGGAAGGUCAAACUGUCAAGCCAACAUACUUCCCUGAAGCUCGAUGGUACAAUUACGAUAACGGCUUUGAAAUCGAACGAUCUGCUGAUGGAUGGAAUAAUGUUGCUGCUCCUAUUGACGUCAUUCCCCUUUUCUUCCAAGGUGGCUCAGUUGUUCCCGUUCAAGUUCCUUCCCAAACGACAAUGGACUCUCGAAUCAAUCCUCUCGGCCUCAUCGUCAAUCUCGACGAAGAUGGUAAAGCUUCCGGCGAUCUGUACUGGGAUACAGGAAACUCCAUCGAUCCAAUCAACAAUGGCGAGUACACUCUCGUCGAAUUCGAAUUCCACCACAACCAGCUUCAAUCAUCAGUCAAGAUGGGAGAAAUCGACACUGAAAUCCACGAGAAUUACGGAACAGAAAAUCCACUUGAAUUUACACAUUUCGAAUUCAACGGUCUUGAUGGCGCCGUCAGCGAUGUCAUCAUCAACGGCGAAGCUUUGGAGAAAGCAGCAUGGCAACAGGAAGAAUCAAACAGACUUGUCAUCAAAGACGGCUUCGUCAAUUUGAGCAUCAUUCAACAGUUCGAUAUUAGCAUUAUCGUCGGAGAUGUCAACGAUCGAAUCGACUGCACUCCAGGCCAAGAAAACAUUGGUCCGAAUGAAUGCGCUGCAAAGGGUUGUACUUGGUCAGAAUUGCCAACAACUUCUGAUGCUCCUUGGUGCAUUCAUGAUUCUUCAAAAGUCAAUCAUGGCUACACUGCCUCUAAAUCUGGAACUUUGUCUGGUGCUAGCGAGACUUUUUCACUCUCCAGACCCGCUGAGCUCAAUUCUGCCAGAAAAUUCUCCGAGCCAGUUGCGAAUCCAGAAGUGACAAUGGUCAAGCUAUCGAAAAACGCUUUCCGAAUGAAGAUUUUCGCCGAGGGUCGCUUCGAAAUUCCAGAUGAAGCAGACAUCCAUCAACUUCCAUUUGAAGGCAGCACAUCCGAAUCAGACUACUCCGUCGAAUACGGAAAUCAAAAUGACAGAUUCUUCUUCAAGAUAAAACGAGACGAACAGACUUUGAUUGACUCUUCUCACGGACCCUUGAUCUUUGAACAUCAAUAUUUGGAAACUAGCUUUGCUCUUGGUUCAUACAACUGCUACGGUCUCGGAGAGCAUAAUCACCGACGAUUUAGACACACUCUCAACUGGCAACGAUGGGCGAUGUUCACCAGAGAUGUAGCUCCAAUCGACGAAUGGAACUUCUACGGAGCUCAGCCAUUUUUCAUGUGCGGCGAAGGCAACUCCUUCUUUGGCGUCUACUUCCACAACGCAAAUGCUCAGGAGGCCCAGUUCUCACCCAAGCCUGCAAUUACCUGGCGAUCAACUGGUGGUAUCUUCGACAUCUCUGUCGUCGUUGCGGAUUCGGCCGAAGAACUCGUUCAAGCUUACACAUCACAAAUCAUCGGAAAGCCAUUUUUGCCUCCUCGAUGGUCUCUUGGAUAUCAACUCAGUCGAUGGGGAUAUGACUCGCUUGAUAAAAUGAAAGGAAUUGUCGAAGACAUGAUCGCAGCCAAAAUCCCCUUUGACGCGCAAUAUGGUGAUAUUGACUACAUGGAUGCCAAGAAAGACUUCACUAUCGACCCUGUCAACUACAACGGCCUCGCUGACUUUGUCAAGGAACUCCAUGACGUCCACAACAUGCAUUACAUCGUCAUCCUCGACCCCGCCAUCGCUAACAUCAACCCUGACACUGGCAAAGAGUACACAGAAGCAGAGUAUCCCUCUUACGCAAGAGCGAAAGCGGCUGAUGUCUGGAUCAAGAAUCCCGAUGGGACCCCAGCUCAAGCCGAAGUUUGGCCAGGACCAACUCUCUUCCCUGAUUUCACCGACAUCAAUAAAACCGAGCCUUGGUGGACCGAUGAGUGCCGAAGAUUCCUCGAUGACGAGGGUGUUCAGUACGAUGCUCUGUGGAUCGACAUGAAUGAACCAGCGAGUUUUAUGACUGACAACGGAAACCUUCAGUGCCCGGAUCAGUGGAGCAACCCACCUUUCACUCCUAACGUUCUUGAUGCAGACAAAGGUCUUUUCUGGAAAACCAUCUGCAUGGAUGGAGUCCAAGCUUGGGGAAAACACUACGACGUCCACUCACUUUACGGCCAUUCUAUGGCUCUCGUUACCGACAAGACUUUGAAAGCCCUCUACCCAGAUAAACGAUCAUUCAUCUUGACAAGAUCUCAAUUCGCCGGUACCGGACGCGUAGCAGGACAUUGGCUCGGAGAUAACCAAAGUCAGUGGCGCCAGAUGCAAUGGAGUAUCACUGGAAUGCUUGAAUACUCACUCUUUGGUUUCUCUUACACUGGAGCUGACAUUUGCGGCUUUUGGUUCGCGGCUACUGCACCAAUGUGCCAGAGAUGGCAGCAACUCGGAGCGUUUUACCCUUACUCGAGAAAUCAUAAUGGAAUCGGUUGGGCCGAUCAGCAUCCAACAAUGUUUGGAGACGAUGUCAUCGAAUCGUCCCGAAAUGCACUGCUCAUCAGAUAUUCCCUCCUGCCGACUUUGUACACUCUCAUGUACGAAUCAAACCAAUUCGGAACCACCACUGUUAGAUCGUUGAUGGCAGAGUUCCCUCUGGAUAGAAAUGCAGCUGAUUGUUCUGAUCAAUUUCUUUGGGGAAGUGGCUUCAUGAUCGCUCCAGUAAUGGAGGAACACGCCGUUAGUCGAGCAGUUUACUUUCCAGCUGAUGCAUCGUGGUACGACUACCACAGCUACGAAGAAAUCGAAGGUUCUGGAAAGACUAAGUUGAUCCAGGCAGAUAUGAUGACGAUUCCACUCUUCGCUCGAGGCGGUACCUUCCUUACUUCGCAAUCUCCUGAAGUCACGACUGCUGCCCAGCGUUACAAUCCAAUUACAAUCACUUACUUCAUGGACAAGAUCAACCCUACGCAGGCAAGAGAAGGAGGACUCUUCUGGGAUGAUGGAGAAUCACUGCUCAAAGAAGAUGGAGACAAUUACAUGAAAUUCAACUUCAACCCCUUCAAUGGCGAGUUCACUUCCUCUUGCACAGCUGCGCGAUGCGUAUCCGGCGGCGAAGACGACCUUGAUAUCGAAAAAUUCGUCAUCGUUGGUGUUGAGCGACGAUUGACCACCGUCCUGGUCAACGGUCAAGCCGUGAGCUCCACCUUCUCCGGAAAUACAGUCACGAUCGAUUUGAGCGGCAUUAAGAUCAGUUCCGAAUGGUCCAUUGUCAGCCCUGACUUGAUUGAAGCAGCUGAAGAAGACGAUGAUGAAAACAGCGCUCAAUCGAUAGGCACUAUUUGUUCUGCUGUUCUUGCAAUUCUAGCUUAUUUCCUUUUGUAA